AUGGCGUCUCUCCCGGACGAUUCGACCACCUCGGAUCAAAUGCAAUCAUCCGAUAGCCCUAUGUCCACCGCCCGGGACGAGGAGAUCUCGAGAUCGGAUAGGGAUAGUCCUUCGUCCACCGAAUCGACCGGCGAUACCGAGACCGUUUCCCCCAAUCAGCCCGAGGAAGGCGAAUCUAUCAGCGAGUCCCCGAUCUCAACCCUGAGUGCCGUUGACUCAUCAAAUGACGAACCCCGCAAAUGCUGGAUCUGUUAUACCGACGAGACGGAAGAUUCGCCUAUAAAUCCCGAAUGGCGCUCGCCGUGUCCCUGUACCUUGACGGCCCACGAAGCUUGCCUUCUAGACUGGCUUGCUGACCUAGAAAACCCCCAAUCCCGCAAACGCAACGGCCGCAAUGCCAAGAUGAUGUGCCCCCAGUGCAAAUCCGAGAUCGUGGUCUCGCGCCCGCGCAGUUAUAUUGUGGACAUUGUUCGAUUACUUGAGCGGUUCGCCGGUCGGCUGGUCGUACCCGGUAUGGUUUUCACACUGGCGGGGACAGUUUGGGCGGGAUGCUGCGCGCACGGUGUAUAUUCCAUGUACUUUGUUUUCGGGACAGAAGAGGCGCGGCAGAUUCUGGAAGAGACCGCAGAUGGCUCGUGGAAUUCGGGCCUCAACCUCGGAUUACCGCUCAUCCCGUUGGUAUUGAUAUUCUCGCGAACCCGGUUCGCCGAAGGCUUACUCCCUGCCAUUCCCGUCCUAUUGUUCGCCACGCACAACCCCGGUCAUGAGCCGGAGCUUGACUUUUGGCCCCCUAGCCCGGCCAUGACCUUUGCGGCCCUUCCUUAUAUCAAGAGCUUCUACAGCGCAAUCUACGAGCGAUUCUUCGGCAAAUUGGAAAGGAAAUGGAUUCUCGAAGUGCAACCACGCCUGUCCGAUGUCAACGAGUUUGAUGAUAAUGCGCCCCCCGAAGCACAGGGACCGGCAGACUUGGUAAGAAACGAUGAUGGUGGGCGAAUCAUGGAAUUUGAUUUUGCGUUACAGGUUGAUAUGGUUGGCAUGGGAAAUGGUGGCGAGGGAAUCCAUGGGGGCGGCGCAGAGGCGCAAGGAGGGCCACCAGGGGAGGAGCAAGGCGCGGGUGCCAUGGGAAAUGAACAGGCCAUGGGUCUGGUUCGGCGCGAUGGCCUCAUCCACGAGACCACCAACCUCGCCGACUUCGUCCUCGGAGCACUUGCGUUCCCCGCCAUAUCUGCCUCCGUCGGUGGACUUUUGAAAUACGUUCUGCCGAAGACUUGGACGACGGCGCCCUCGACUCUUGAGCGUGGUCGCCCGGGCCUGCUGCAGAGCCGAUGGGGCCGCAGCGUGAUUGGCGGCUGCGUUUUCGUGCUGCUGAAAGAUGCAUUGGUUCUCUACUAUCGAUGGAAAUUGGCUCAGACACAUCGACGGCGAAAAGUGCUUAAUUACGAUCGGGCCAAGAAGCGAGCGGCCCGGCAACGAUCGACCUCUUGA